AUGUUGCAAGCUUGUUUUUGGAGUUUGAUGACUAUUUCUGGGAAACCAUCACGAGAGAAACGUAUCAUACCUAGCUUGAUAGCUGUACAAUUAAACAGAUAUUCCACUUUAGAGGCUGAUCUUGUAGUGAUAGGAGGUGGGCCUGGUGGUUAUGUGGCAUCGAUUAAGGCAUCACAGUUAGGAAUGAAAACAAUUUGCAUAGAAAAACAGGAUACAUUGGGCGGGACUUGUCUCAAUAAUGGAUGCAUUCCAUCAAAAUUUCUGUUGCACAAUUCAAACUACUAUGACCAGACGACUAAAAAAAAUUUUCAAAGUAGUGGCAUUACAGUCGACAAUGUUAGAAUCCAAAUCGAUAAAUGCAUGCAGCAAAAGCAGAAUGUAAUAAGAUCUUUGGCAAACGGUAUUAUUCUUUUGUACAAAAAGAAUAACAUAAAUUGGGUGAAGGCGCAUGGAAAAAUUACUAAUCCGAAUCAAGUUGCUGCGCUUAAUCCGGAUGGCUCGGUGCAAAGCGUGAUUAAUUCUAAAAAAAUUAUAAUUGCCACUGGUAGCGAGCAUACACCGUUAUCGGGUACAAAUAUCGACGAGAAAGAUAUUAUUUCAUCAACCGGAGCUUUGUCGUUAAGCUCGACGCCUACAAAAUUCGUGACAGCUGGCGGUGGUUUCGUUGGAUUGGAAAUGGGCUCAAUCUGGCGGAGACUUGGCUCGGAUGUAACGACAAUUGAUUCUUCAUCCACUAUUGGCGGACCAAACAUGGAUAAGGAAGUCAGUACAAUAUUAAGAGAUAUUUUAAGCAGACAAGGCAUAAAAUUUAGAAUGGAUACGAAAAUCACUUCUGCGAGCAAAUCGGGAAACGAUAUCGUUGUUUCUCUUGAAAGCUCAAAAGAUUCUACCAAAAAGGACAGUAUAUCUUGCAAUACGUUUUUAAUUUGUGUUGGCAGAAGAGCGUACACGCACAAUUUAGGAUUGGACAGUGUAGGAAUUAGAAAAGAUAAUUUAGGCCGAAUUCCUGUAAAUAGCAAAUUCCAAACAGAAGUGCCAACGAUUUACGCUAUUGGAGAUUGUAUCCAUGGACCUAUGCUGGCUCAUAAAGCCGAAGACGAGGCUGUUAUUGCAGUUGAAAGCAUUAAAGGAGGUUCUACUACAAUGGAUUACAAUAGCAUACCCCACAUAAUAUAUACAUAUCCAGAAGUUGCUUGGGUUGGCAAAUCGGAGGAGACUUUGAGGCAGGAAAAUAUCGAUUACAAAAUUGGAAAAUUCCCAAACACGUCAAAUUCUAGAGCAAGAACGAAUCUCGAGACGGAUGGUUUCGUUAAAGUAUUGGCGGAUAGACGUACGGAUAGAAUAUUGGGGGUGCAUAUGAUUAGCUCAUUCGCUGGUGAACUAAUUAACGAGGCGGCCCUUGCUGUGCAAUGCAAAAUAAAGUCAGAGCAAGUUGCAAGGACGUGCCAUGCACAUCCAGUAUGUAUUUUGAACCAUUGUAAUUUGAUCGGUUGAAUUGUCGAAUAUUGAUUUAAUUAUUGUUUCUUUUUCCAGACAUAUUCGGAAGCCCUAAAGGAGGCCUGCUUAACCGCAUAUUUUGGAAGAGCUAUUAACCUAUAAAAUAAAACUGUGAGAAACAGUUAAUUCGAUAUAAUUCAAUCGAAGCUUCGACCUAUUUGAAAACGUGUUUCAUAAAUACGCGUUA